ACGCAUCCUUUUGACAUAUACAUAUACGUUUUAAAACAUUCGAAAGAGAUUUAUUUUUUUUAUUUUUUCCUUUCACUUAUUUAAAACACACACACGCGUAAGCACUUAUAUAUACCCACUCGUAUACUAAUUAUAUACUCAUACACGCAUACGUUUUUCUUUUUAUAUUUUCGCGUAACUAAACUUCCUAUUUACUCGAAAAAAUGGCACGCACAAAACAAACGGCAAGGAAAUCAACCGCCGGUAAGGCCCCCAGAAAGCAGUUAGCCUCCAAGGCAGCGAGAAAGUCAGCUCCAAUUUCUGCGGGUAUUAAAAAACCUCACAGAUAUAGACCAGGAACUGUCGCCUUGAGAGAAAUUAGAAGAUACCAAAAGUCCACUGACCUUUUAAUUAGAAAAUUGCCAUUCCAGAGAUUGGUGAGAGAAAUUGCACAGGACUACAAAACCGACUUGCGCUUUCAGUCAUCUGCAGUCAUGGCUCUCCAAGAGGCAGCGGAGGCCUACUUAGUAGGACUCUUCGAAGAUACCAACUUGUGUGCCAUCCACGCCAAGAGAGUUACCAUCAUGCCAAAGGAUAUACAGCUAGCCAGACGUAUUCGUGGAGAAAGAUCAUAAGCGGGAGUACUCCGCGUAGAGAAGCACCCCUCUGCGUACGACUCAAGAGAGAGGCCCUGAACUCAGAACUGCUAUACUACCCAUUGGUUUUAUCUUUUUUUUAUAAAAUGGGUAGCCACCUGCCAAGUGUGUGCCUACGUGUUGCGUAUGUGAGUGUAGUACUCGCGCGUUUAUGCGCCCGCAUGUACGAGCUCCUACGCUUUGGGGUCCCCAUGCGAGAAGGUUGGGGGGGCAUCUCUGGUGAACCCCCGCAUCCGCAUCAGUGUACCCCACGCGUGUGCAUAUAUAUAUAAACAUAUAUACAUAUGCAGGCACAUCAUGUACAUCCAACCCUGCUACCCUUCUUUUCUCAUUAUAGCAUUCGUUUUACAUGUACAACUUUAGUUUUUUUUUUU